AUGGAUCCCAGCGCUAAUCCCUUUAGUGGGUUCCCCAAUAUCUUUGGCGGUGGCCAACAGCUUGAAGGAGCCGCUGUGUUUGACAUCAACUUGGAUUCAUUGGACGACCUGAACCAAAACAAUAUCUUGAGAGAUCUUGUUGAUACUGCUCUUACCAACUCCGGAAUGAGGCCACGGAAAAAGGUUGCUAGUGCCGAGGCCAUUGCUAGUUUGAAGGAAGUCAACAGCGAAGAUGUUGAAGCCAAUGAAUGUCCCAUUUGUUAUGAGAAGUAUGAGUUUAGUGAUUCACAGAAUCGAAAGAGUGACCAGGAAACAUCUUCUCCGGAGUCGACUCCAGAAUCUUUUGCUGCCACAGAACAAGAUUUCUAUUUGUGCUUUUCCAAAGCUGUGGAUAAAGAUGGUACCUUGCCAGUUCCUUACAUGGAAAGUCGUCAACAGAAGUUGAAGUUUAAUGAUCCUUCACUCUUCUUCCCCGGUGAUGAAUGUAGUUCGAUCUACUUUCGAUUCCCCCAAAGAAACUUAGCUACUUUAGAGAACACUACCAUGGAAGAUAUGUUUCCCCGAUUCAAGACAGGCGAUGAUCAAGAAUCAAAGAAGAUGAAGAAAAAUCCCGACGGCCAUGUGGCUGUUCGGAUGCCCAACUGUCAACAUAUAUUUGGCAGAAGUUGUAUUGUAGAAUGGCUUAAUGGGAAUGUCAGCUGUCCGUUGUGUCGGAAGGAGGUUGAGAUUGCAAAGAACAACAGCCUUCUCAACAGAAGAGAAGACGUGAGAGAGAGAAUGUUCCCUUCUAGCUCAAGAGAAGUUGAUAAUAACGAGGUAAUUGAUUACAUUACAAACCAUACAUCUGAUAUUUUCCGUCCUUUAAGAAGACCUCACAUGGGUGCUAAUGUUACCCCUUUAGCAGAUCAAGCAGUUCCUCAAAAUUGGGUGACUCCAAGUGAAUUGAAUACCAAUGAAUCCACUAGAGAUCCAAAUAUCAUCAUUCCAAGAGACUUCACCUUAGCAGGCAUUAGACCAAUGAGUACAGCUGCUGCUUCACAACGGAUUGCAUCAAUGCAAGCAUUCAGAAGACGGUUUGAGCCUCGAACAACUAGACGUCCUACAAGACAAAGAGAUGCUAAUAAUGAAGCUUCUCAACCAAAUACUAAUAGAUCAAACACUGAUCAAACAGGUGAUAAUCAACCCACAGUUGCCGAAUCAAGUGGGCAAGUUAAUGCCAAUGAAACUCGGACUGAUACCCUAUCUUCCAGACAACUUAGAGCUGAUCUGGCCGCUCCUACUACGACUUCAACUAUUAGAACUAACCCCGAAACGAGACCGGGGCCCAUUUUAUGGCAUCAAUCGUACGGAAGAGAACCAAUGCCUGUUUCGUUCACUGAAAUUCACGCGGUACAAAACCAUCGAUCUGACAAUGACAUCAGCCAACCGUCUAGAACUCGGGUGGUUCACAGAACUGUCAUCCCCCCUCAUGGUACAAACGGAGCGCCCAUAGCAACUCGUCCGUCCACCAAUAUCCCUAAUUUGAGCAACAGACAAGGCGCAAGCGGAAUUCCGUCACCCAGACCCGGUACGAUUCCACGUGAAGUUGCAGACCAUAUGAGAGUCCACUACAAUAGGCAUCGUGCCAGUAGUCCUCGACCUUCACUGCUGCCAUUUGAUGCAAUUCCGAGCGAUGAGGGAGAGGCUCCGAGUACUGUAAGAAUCGGCCGCCCCACAGUCACACAAGGGGUAAUGAGACGAUCUGGAAGUAGCAGCAAUGAACGCACUCAUCCCUACAGUCGGCCCUCUCCAGAAGUAUAA